AUGUCAGACAACAAUUCUAAUUCUUAUAUACAAGAUACAAUUAUUCAAUCUGAUAAUCAAGAUGUUAAAUCAAGCAUUAAUGAUGAAAAUUCUACUAUCGAUGCUGAAAUUUCAAAGCAUGAGAGUAAUAUGAACGUAAUUGAAAAUGGUAGUAGUACCGUUAUCUCGGAUUUUGCAAAGGUUCCGAUUAUCAAACAAGAAAGGAAGAGUUUUCAACUUCGUGCUUUGACUCGAAAAACACUUUCUUACCAAAAACGACAAAUGUUUACCAAUGUCUGUUGUAUUACUUUAUGUCCUUUCUUGAUGGUUGCUAUUGCUGGUAUAAUGGGAAUAGUAGUCCAAACUUUGAUCAGUAAAACAAAUACUUUUGAUGAAUUGUUAUUUUGUUCUAAUGCCAAUGCUGGAGAUAUGAUCGGUAUGCCAUUACAGAGUAAUUCGCCCGAUAUUCCAACACUCCCGUCCGAGCAAGUGCCACAUUCAUCAGGCAAAACAAAGUUGGUAAAAUUGGUUAACUUUUUCAUACCACCAGCCGAUACUUCAACAUUUUCCUUAGGGGGUAGUCCUCAGAGUUGUGUGUUUGUGUUUGGUCACGAUUAUCCGGCUGUUUUGCCUUACCAACUUCCU